CAUUCAACCUGCAGCACAGCCUGCCCAUCGCCAUGUAGACUAUUCUUGCUCUAGUGUGGUGUUUUAUUCCUUUAAAUCUAAUUGCUGUCUUGUGUAAACUUUUAAUGAAUGUGCGCUUUGUAAUUCUGAUGAAAUCAUGAAUGGGAAUUCUAAUCCGCUUUUGGACAAAGAAGAGCAUGUCUUAAAGCUUGGUGAAAGCUUUGAAAAACGCCCCAAGUCCUCAUUCCACACCAUUCGAUAUGAUUUCAAGCCAGCAUCCAUAGACACCACCUGUGAAGGGGAACUGCAAGUAGGGAAAGGAGAUGAAGUCACCAUCACAUUACCUCACAUUCCGGGUUCUACGCCCCCCAUGACGGUCUUCAAAGGCAACAAGAGGCCAUAUCAGAAGGACUGUGUCCUGAUCAUCAACCACGACACCGGGGAGUACGUCCUGGAGAAACUCAGCAGCAGCAUACAGGUCAAGAAGACCAGAGCGGAGGGCAGCAGUAAGAUUGCAGAGCGGGCUCGUCUGGAGCAGCAGUCGCUACGGGCCAAUCAGCAGCCUCCGUCAGGGUUCCGGGCCCCCACCAAGCCGGGGGCGGGGGCCAAAGCGUCCCCCUCGCCCUCCAAGGACAACCCUUCUCCUGAACCACAGCUGGACGACAUCAAAAGAGAGCUGCGUGCGGAGGUGGAGGUGAUCGAGCAGAUGAGCAGCAGUGGCAGCAGCAGUUCCUCCGACUCUGGCAGCGUGUCGGGCAGCGGAGACGACAGCUCCAGUAGCGAUGGGGAGGAGGACGAGGGCCCCCCACCCCCACCCCCUCCUCUACAGCAGCAGCAGCAGCAGCAGCACCUCCCCUCGCCCCCCCACCCCCACCCCCAUCCGCACCCUCCCCCGCCCCCACGCCUGCCCCUGGUCAACGGCACCGACAAGGCCCCCAGCAGCAACCAGCUCAUGAACACACUCAGGAAUGAUCUGCAGCUGAGUGAAUCUGGAAGUGACAGCGAUGACGAUUGAGCCGGUCUUGUGCAUCUGUGACGAUUGAGCCGGUCUUGUGCAUCUGUGACGAUUGAGCAGGUCUUGUGCAUCUUCGCUGCCACUCCAGAUAGCUAAAAAAAAUCCUAGUAUGGCGACGCCACAGAUGACCAAACUCGACUUCUGAUUGGUCGAGCUUCGAAAUAACCUGACAAUUUGAAUCACCUAUCGUGUGUGUGUGCGCACUCUAGUUUCUAGGUUUUAGGGAUGGUUUUGGUCUGGGCACAAUUUCGCAACAAAUUCGCCAUUUCCCUCACUUUUUUCGCUGUUCUUGGCAAAAGUAUAAAGCAGCAGAAGCAUUGUUGUAUACUGACAGGUUAGGGUUAGGGAUGGUUUUGAUUUUGGACAGGGCACAGCAGAGCAUUUCCGUGUUUGAAGCUCGACCAAUCAGAAGCCAUCUGUGGCGUCGCUCCUCUAGGAGACAAAAUAUGGCCUCCAGGUACCUGACCUCGUGUGCGUUCCAAUAUGCGACCUUGCCUCCUCCACUUGUGCUUGUGGCCUCGUCCCGCCUCCUGGCCCCUCCUCCGUGGAGAAAACAAUAAAGUUUCCCAGCUGCCAGCCUAGCCACAACAAUUUUUGGGGGACUGAUUUUCAUUCACCAUCCAGUUUGCAAAUGAGAAAAUGACUUUACAAUUGAGCUUUUGCGAGAUAUUGAAAUAUAAUGCUAUUGUCAGUGAUGUCAUCAUGACAUAUUACUUCCUGGUAUGAGGCCACAAGCACAAGUGGAGGAGGCAAGGUCGCAUAUUGGAACGCACCCCUUGCUGUAUCCCUCUGGCCACUCUCCUUCCACAAGUACCUCUCUCUUUAUCUCCGCUUCACUCAGUCUCCUCUCCCUUGUCUAUUGGAAAUGUGUGGCGACUCUACCGUAUAUUUUAAAAGAAUUCCUAUGAGUAGUUCUUGCGAAGUGUAUUUUUUAUGAUUAGAUGUAUAUUUUAUUUUGUUUUUCAGAAUUGAAAUGUUUUAACUUAUUGAGAUUGUUUAAGCCGGGGUGGAGUAGUUUGGUUUACAUAUUAAAAGACAACGGGCAUAUACGUAUUAGCAGAGUUGUGUAUCAUCAGCAUGCUAGCUCGUGGAGUGCGGUUUUAGAUGAAGCAUUUCCUUCUUUCACACUGCCAUGGAUCCUUGCCACAUAUUAACUCCUUUCUCACUGUAACCAUAGGUCAAAAACAGAGUUGUAUAAAGUAGCGGUAGAAGUACUCUUACAGAUGUAAUUACAACAUUAGUAGUUUGAUAUUACAAAGUUGAAAAAAAAACAUAAAAAAUAAAAAUAAAAAAUAAAUCUGUAAGAGUACUUCUACUUCUACUUCAUACAGCUCUGGUCAAAAGCGCUGUAAAAAGGCAGGAAGCUCUUUGAGUUGAGGCAUAUUGUCAGCUUGUUAUAUUUUGUAAGGUUUGGCUUGUGUGGGAACCGAAGGACACUUGUACAUCAGAAAAGGUUUAUCUUUCUCUAUCAGAAGAAUUAUAUAUUAUAUAUUUUAUUUUUUAGACAUAUUCCAAGGCUAAUGGAAAUGCUUAGAGGAGCUGGAUUUGGCCUGUCCAAUAGUGUUUCUCCAGCAAGAAGAGAUCCUGUAAUCUGACAAUUAGUGACAGGUCAACUGAUGUCAAGAACAUGUUACAUAUUAACGUAUUUAUUUUUUAUCUUAAGCAAAACAAAGGGAUACUUUGUGCAGCUUCUUGCAGGUUGAAUAAUGAAACAUAUUUUUAGUAGCAGACGUCAGGUUGUGCAACCACAGCUAAAGCCCAUAUACUAACUAGAAAUGCACUCAGAGAGUGCAGACCUCCGCCAAGAAAGCUGUUUGAUAGCACAUUUGACUAUGUUGCACCCUGUUUUUAUUUCAUUUUUUAUUUCUGCCUUCUCUUUGUGGAGUUAGAAACUGGAAUGUCAAAAUUCUAGGCUAGCAACGGGGAAGAAUCUUUUUUUUAAAUUCUGGUUCUGGUUCGUGAUCUGGAUCAUCUCCAAAGUGUACUCACUUGUUUCUUUGGUUAUUUCCAACAACUCCACAAAGUUUCAUCCAAAUCUGUUCUUGAGUUUUUAAGUUAUCCUGCUGACAAACAAACAGAGAGACAGAACAACAGACAGCCAAACAGACAAACCAACGCAACCGAAAACAUUACCUCCGUGGCGGAGGUGAUUAAUAAUUGCUGGCAAUUACGGUACAAGCGAGGAACAUGCUUCUUAGAUAAUCCAGUAAAAAAUAAGGGACACUGUGCAGGAAAUGGUCAAAAAAGGUACUGCAACUAUGCUGCUCAUUGAAAUUGGGCUGCCUAUUGCCAAAUUUGAUCUUUACAUGAAAGUUUACUGAGUAAUAAACAAAUAUUUUCUAGUAAGAUCCAAGUACAGUCAUUUUUGCAGCUAAAAAUGGCUAUUUUUGGAAAUUCAAAAUGGCGGACCAUGGAGAAGAUCCCCCUUUUCAUGUAUGAAAAGUGCAAUUUUUCCAAUCAUAAUGAAUACUUAGAAUUUGAUGGUGGUGGUCAGUAUUCAUGAAAAAGGUAACAUUAGUGAAUGGGCAGCAUGAAUUCUGGAAAUAAAUAACUAAAAAUCUCACACAGUGUCCCUUUAAUCCAUAAACUUGUUGAAUUAAAGGUGGGAUUGCAGGUAUGACAUCACGUUGGGGGAACUCCCCCAGGAUUCUAAGGUUCUACAUAGACUCCUAUGAGCCUGCGAAACCCCCAACGUGAUGUCAUAAUGGUACAUUUUCUUAAAAUGGUUAACCUGCAACCCCACCUUUAAGUGUGGUUGCUCAACCCUGACGUCUGCUACUACAAAAAUGUCUGUGGCCCAUGUAGUCUGAGCCUUAGGCCAGGCAUGAGCUGACAAACUGGUCACAUGGUGUCCAUGUAGAAGUCACUUACCAAAUAUUAUGGUGCCUUCCUGAUCCAAUCCAAAUUAGUAUAGGAGAUCGCACUUCCUCCUACCUGCAUAUUUCAGCCCCCGUUUCAGCCAGUUGAAGUGGGCGUUCUAAAACCAUAACAACCGUUGCGGUUUAACUGACUUUAGUGAGGUGUUUUGAUACAAGCCAAAAUAACCAUAAUAACUAUUAUUUAUGUGACAUUUAUGUUGACACUAUACUAUAACAUGAAGGUGUUGAGUUAAAAUGACUGUGUCUGGAUUGGAACAACCACACACACAAGAGAAAUUAAGAUUAAUUUAUUUAUUGACAUUUCAAAUAACGGCUCCAAGGGUGCCGCCAUUAUCCUCCAUCUUUAAUUUGUUGAGGUGGCAGUACAGCGAGGUCCCCCCACUUCGCUAGUAGGAGGUUCCACUUCGACUGGCGUUUCAGAUCCUUUUUUGUAGUAGGAGAUAGGUAGGAUGAGUGCGAUCUCCUACUUGUUUGGAUUGGGUCUGGAAUGCACCAUUAGAACAACCUGAAUGCAACAAUAAAUCUCCAUUCCAUUGGACCAGUAGAAGACCAGCUUGGUUGUUCUCCGCAUCACCUGUUGCUGGGGAGAAGCUGAUAUCACAGGUUACUGUCAUGAAUUGAAAAGCUGUGUAUUUUAUCGCAUCAUAUUUGGGUGGAUAUAGUAUACUAUAUACAUAUUGAUAAUGCAAAAGCCCACAGCUAAAUAUAUCACUUAAUAGAAUGCAUUUGUAAAGGUUUGUGAUGACUUGAACUGAAUCUAAGAGUCUAAAGUGCUCAUCCAUGCACUUCCAGAGUUGACCAUGUAGCGCACGUACGUAGUGGUGGCCAUUUUAUCAGGACUGAGACAUCCACAAUCUGCAUUGAUGUUGUGUGUUUUCUUUAAGCGUGGUUGUUUUUUAUUGUUACUUCAUGUAUGCUGUACUCUCUCUCUCCACUGUUGUGCAUAUCUUACCCUCUUGGUUUCUCCAAGCCUCUCUUUGCUUCCAAUUCCAUACUGGAGUUAUUUUAGCGCUUUUAUUUUAUUUGUUGAGGUAUGUAUAAUAUGUAUGUUUUUUGUGGAUUUUUCUUAAUGCAUUAAAAUGUUAUGUGUCUAGC